GCGAAUGUCUUUAGGACAGCACUAAAAUCUGUGUACAGGGGGCUCACCUGAGACUUCAGAUAUGGAGCUAUCACACACCACACAGAGGCUAAAGAGAGGCGAAAGGCGAGAGUGAAGAGUUCAUCUGCUGCUACAUUAUUCAGUGAUAUGAUAGCAACUUUGGCAUUGACCAGGGACGGGGUUGAAGCUGCGAAAAAGGACUGCAUUAGCCAUAUUAGUACUCCCAUUUAUUUUUAAACAUCUGAUGCAAAUAGUGGUGCAAUCCCAGGUCUAGACAUCACCGGUGGGCAGUUAAACUUUUUCCAGGCCCAUCUAAGGUCUUUUCCUAACUGGAUCUAACUGGAUUUUUUGGAUACUGGAACCCGGAGGCAGUGUUACAGUACUUCCCAUGGAUCCAAACAUCCAGGGGUCUUUCCUGUUCAACAACAGCCUGAACCAAUUUCCCUCGGACCUCAAGGCUCCAGUGUGCCAGUACUCAGUGCCCAACUCCUUUUACAAGCUCAACACGGGCCUGAACAGCCAGCUUCCAGCCGGGACGCCCCACGGCAUCAGCGACAUCCUGAGCCGCUCCAUGGUGGGGGUGGGCUCCACGGGCACCACCACCCUGCUGUCCGGAUACUCCACCAUGGGGGGCUUCGGCCCCUCCGUCACCGGCACGUCCAUGUACUAUAACCGAGACUACAACUCCUCGCUGGGCGGCUUCUCCAAACCCGGAGCUGAAUGCCCCAUGAAGGGUCGCAGUGUGAGCUGCUGGGCAGAAAGCAGCUGUGACUGGAGAGGAGGCAGGCAGCAGUGCACCAACAGUGGUGGUCCUCUGGGGGAGAUGUCAGGAAGGAAGAAACACACCAGACCAACAUUCAGUGGACAUCAGAUAUUCGCUCUGGAAAAAACCUUUGAGCAGACUAAAUACUUGGCCGGGCCUGAGAGAGCCAGACUGGCUUAUUCUCUGGGGAUGACGGAAUCCCAGGUUAAGGUGUGGUUUCAAAACCGACGCACCAAGUGGAGGAAAAAAAGCGCCUCGGAGCCCAGUUCCACGCAGGUCAGCCACGCAGGGCAGGGCGGCGAGGCCUCGGACAACGAAGUAGAGGACGAAGAGUACAACAAACCCCUAGACCCCGACUCUGACGACGACAAGAUCCGACUUCUGCUGCGCAAACACCGCAGGGCUUUCUCGGUGCUGCGCCUCGGACCGCAUCACGUUUGACACGUUUGACACGGACGCGCGCACAUACACACACGUACACAUCCACACACGCUCCUCAGUGGGCAUGCAUGCUGUAAUGAAGUGUAAAAAUAUAUAUAUAAUAAUUAGUUUUGAAUACAGUGUUUAAUCCGAGAGCAGUUACGCAUGUUCAGAGGAGCGCAUCUGUGCUCAGACUCAGACAAACCAUCAGACUGUCACAACUGAGCAGGAAACAUUUACUUUUAUAAGUUACUGUGAGAAAUUAUCUCUGGUUAAUGUUACACUGUUGCGUGGAAGAAAAGUGUUAUAUGUAUUAUUUUGUAAAAAGAUGAAAAAAAUGACAUGAAAAAAAACCCUGCAUGAUGCUAUU